CGAAAUCCGCCUCUCUCAAACCAACCAAUCCAACCAAUCCACGUGCACAGCACAACAGCCAAGAUGGCAGCGAGGGAGCUGAGGAUAUCGCUCACAACACAGCUCAGCAACUAUGAGGUUGACGCUGGGACCCUGACUGUACCGGGCAGCGCCACCCGCGCACAGCUCAGCAAGCUCGUGAACGAGCUGCUUGACAGAGAGAAGCCAUUGCCGUUUGACUUUAUCGUCAACGAGCAGUUCCUUCGCAGCACACUGGCAGACGUUGUCCAAGAGCACAACCUGCAAGCGGAGGAAGAGCUGUCUGUGGAGUAUGUGUUGGCGCUGCUGCCACCGCAGCCACAGGCCACGGCCAGCGAAUGUUGCGGGCUCUGA